AUGCUAUGUCGACUCGGAGCACUGAAAGUUGUGGUCUCUCAGAUCGGCGAGACAUCUACUAUCAUUAAUGAAGUUCGAAUCCUCCAACGACUUGCUUCGAUUCCGGCAAAACAUAAUGGUCAACGCCAUCUACGCAAGUUCACCGACUACUUUUUCCACGAUGGGCCCAAUGGCAGAUAUCAGUGUCUCGUUUUCGAUGUCGACGGUGUCAGCGUUCCGACUCUCGUUACCCGAUGCGGCGAUACGAGGCUCCCGGGACGUCUGGCCUGGCAGCUUUCCCAACAAAUCACGCUUGCAUUGGACUGUCUGCACUCCAACGGGAUUGCACACGGUGAUCUUUAUCCUGGCAACAUAUUGAUUUCACAAAGGGAGGGACAGUCCUCAGACCCAGGCUCAUUGAACCAGCUUGGACCACCAGUCCUGGCAGAGAUCUAUGCACGGCCCGGUCGCCAGAUCACCAAAAGUCUCCCCCGGUAUAUCGUGGAGCCAGCUACGUUUCCUGUCCCAGCUAUGGCCGGACAGGCACAGGUACACGCGAGCCUUAUCGAUUUUGAGCAAGCAUUCCUCCGAACCGACCAGUCACUGGCAAAGGUUCGUACGCCAUUGAUUUUCAGAGCUCCAGAGACGCUCCUGGAUUCGACGUGGGACCUACGGAUCGAUAUAUGGUCUCUGGCAUGUACGAUUUUCGAGCUUGUUACGGGCCAGCUGCCUUUCGACAACUUCAUGCCGACAAAGCCUCCCUUAGUGUUAGAGUGGAUUGCAAUGUUUGGAGACGUGCCGGAAAAAUGGAGGAUGCAGGCCAAGGAGGUCGUAGGUGACUGUCAGAAUGAUAUCGAUGGAGGCUCACUUACAAGCUGGCUCUGUGAAGUUGACUUCGGCAGCGGCAGAAAGCCGGAGUUUUCCAAGGAAGAUAUCGAGCGAUUAGCCGAUCUGUUGGCUCGAAUGAUGUGCUACCUGCCUAGCGAGCGAUUGUCAGCCCAGGAUAUCCUGAAGCAUGAGUGGUUCGUCAAGAACCCCUUAGCUGGUAAGAAGGAAGAAUGA